GGGAGCAUUUCCUCCAGUGUCGGGUUUCUCCAGCGCACUGGCAUUUAAAUCUGCUGCAGUGGGAAGCCUCUGGACGCCUGUCACUGUGAGUGAAUCUGCUCUAUUGGAGGAUUUGGCGCUCGUUUUCUCUUCUCUUUCAUAAUAGCAAUUGUAUUUCUUGCAUUUGCUGAGUGAUACAUUGUAGCCUCUAGCGACGCGCGCUUUUAUUACAACAAAGCCUGAAUGAAAGGCUGCCCGUUGGGUCAUGUUUUCGACCUUAACAUAUAAACAGAAUAUUAUAUAAUUCAUCAUAUUUUGUAAUUAUGGUCUAAUCUUUUGCGCGUUUUGUGUCGUGAGUGGCCUAUAGAGACAAGGGGACAGUUUCAGCUCUUAAAAUACAUCGACGUCAUUACAAAUCCAUUCAUUUGAACACACCACAGUAAGACCAAGGCGCAUUUGUGCGUAUUGUGAAAUAAUUAUCCAAAAACAACAGAUAUAUCGUCUAAGGUUGCCUAUACUCGAGUUGCAUCAUGUUCAGCUGGUUGGGUACCGAUGAAAGGAGAAAGAAAGAUCCAGAAGUCUUCCAGACUGUCAGUGAAGGACUCAAGAAGCUUUACAAAACCAAACUGCUUCCACUGGAGGAACAUUACAAAUUCCACGAGUUUCACUCUCCCGCUUUGGAGGAUGCAGAUUUUGACAAUAAGCCCAUGGUUCUCCUGGUGGGACAGUAUUCCACUGGCAAAACCAGCUUCAUAAGAUAUCUUCUGGAGCAGGACUUCCCUGGUAUGCGGAUCGGUCCAGAACCCACGACUGACUCCUUCAUAGCAGUGAUGCAUGGCUCCAUGGAGGGACUAAUACCAGGAAACGCUCUGGUAGUGGAUCCCAAAAAACCCUUUCGGAAACUCAACGCCUUUGGGAAUGCCUUCCUUAACAGGUUUGUGUGUGCCCAGCUGCCCAACCCUGUUCUGGAGAGCAUCAGUGUGAUUGACACUCCAGGAAUCCUGAGCGGAGAGAAACAAAGGAUCAGCAGAGGCUAUGACUUCGCUGCGGUGUUGGAGUGGUUCGCCGAGCGCGUGGACCGCAUCAUUUUGCUGUUCGACGCCCACAAGCUGGACAUCUCAGACGAGUUCUCAGAGGUCAUCAAGGCCCUUAAGAACCAUGAGGAUAAGAUCCGCGUGGUGCUCAACAAGGCCGACCAGAUCGAGACGCAACAGUUAAUGCGCGUCUACGGCGCCCUCAUGUGGUCGCUAGGGAAGAUCGUCAACACACCUGAGGUGAUUCGUGUCUACAUCGGCUCUUUUUGGUCGCAUCCGUUGCUGAUUCCAGACAAUCGCAAGCUAUUUGAGGCAGAAGAGCAAGACCUGUUCAAGGAUAUCCAGUCGCUGCCACGUAACGCCGCCCUUCGCAAGCUCAACGAUCUGAUCAAGAGAGCUCGUCUUGCUAAGGUCCAUGCAUACAUCAUUAGCUCCUUGAAAAAAGAAAUGCCCACAGUCUUUGGGAAGGAUAACAAAAAGAAGGAGCUGAUUAACAGCUUGGGUGAGAUCUACAGCCGCAUUGAGAAGGAGCACCAGAUUUCCCCGGGAGACUUCCCUAAUCUUAAGAAAAUGCAGGAGCAACUUCAAGCACACGAUCUGAACAAGUUCCAGCCUCUGAAAAUGAAGCUGUUGGACGCCGUGGAUGACAUGCUGGCCCACGACAUCGCCCAGCUUAUGGUUCUGGUGCGUCAGGAGGAGACGCAGCGCCCCAACCAGGUGGUGAAGGGUGGCGCCUUCGAGGGCACCAUGAAUGGGCCGUUCGGACACGGAUAUGGCGAGGGAGCCGGCGAGGGCAUUGAUGAAGUCGAAUGGGUGGUGGCACGUGACAAACCUAUGUAUGAUGAAAUCUUCUACACUCUCUCUCCCGUCAAUGGCAAAGUGACUGGAGCCAAUGCCAAGAAGGAGAUGGUGAAGUCCAAGCUACCAAACACUGUGCUGGGUAAGAUCUGGAAGCUGGCUGACAUUGAUAAAGAUGGGAUGCUCGAUGAUGAGGAGUUUGCCUUGGCCAAUCACCUGAUCAAGGUCAAACUAGAAGGUCACGAGCUUCCAAGCGAACUGCCCGCUCAUCUUGUGCCGCCCUCUAAAAGAAAGGUUCCAGAGUAAGAUUGGUUUGGAACUGGGAUGGAUUUUGGUAAAGGAUUCUAAAUAGUUUCAAUUUAGGUUGCAGUUGAAUUCCCAAUGGCCGGACAACAUUUACUAUAGAAAAAAACUGUGAUUUCUUUGAAAUGUGUGGUUUGUGCUUCACUAGCAAGAAUGGAUUUGAAAAUGACCCACCUUUUCCACUCUUUUAACUUGUGUAUGUAUUUUAAUUUUUGUUUUGUUUUCGGUUUCAUGUGUGCUUUCAGAUUUUACAGUCAUAUUUUUAUGCCACAAUUUCAAUGUCAUCUGUUCACCUAUCAUGACUGUAAUGCUGUGUCCUAACCAGUCAUGUUGCAAUGAAUGAGAUCAAAUGUAAAACAGUACAUUUUGUCGAUCACUUGAUUUCAGUUUCUGUGAAAUUUAGAAAUUUCAUUGGUCUAAAAAUCUACUUCAGGUAAUUGCAUUAAACAUUAUCUUCGGAUUAGUUGACAAUUACAUUGUACCUUUUCCUAGCUGUUUUGGGUUCAGACGAUUAUAUGUCACAAUGUGCCUGGUUAGGACACGCUGAAAUUUCACUUUCACGCUCAAUUUACACUACUGUUCAAAUGUUUAGAAUCAGUUGUUUUUGAAAAUCUCUUUUGCUUGCCUAGACUGCAUUUAUUUUGAUCAAAAGUACAGUGAAUACCGUACUAUUGUGAAAUAAUAUUGCAAUUUUUAAAAACUUUUAAUGUUUUGGAAUCUGAUUUAUUCCUGAGAUGGAAAAUCUGAAUACUUCUGUUACCUGCCAUCUUCCGUGUCACAUGGUACUUCAAAAAUCCUAAAAUAUAUAUUAUUAAUCUCACUGACUCUUUAUUUUCGAACGGUAGUGUAUAUCAGAUUGAUCUGUGUCUCUGAGGGUGAGACGUCAAUUAAUGGAGAAAAACAUGAAUCUUACUCUGAAUCUUUGUAUCAGUUGUUAUUCUAAGUACACAACUGUUUAAAUCUUGCUAGAAAAGCUAAAGUCCUUUUAUAAGUAGGUGUAACUCUUAUUCUCUUCUUGUUAAGGCGGCAUCUUUAAUGAAUGCGAGUCCUUUCUAGCCUGACCAAGAGACUGUUAAAACUGUAUAGCCGUCACGUCAAAAGACUCAAUGUUUAGUGUACUUGAUGGACCCUUAGAGUUAGUAUUCUUGUCAGUAGUCUACUGUAUAUGUUAAUGCCUAACACACUAACUAGUGUUUAUAUAAUUCCCAUCUGAAUUUCCAAAGAAGAAAAAAGAAUGAUGCUGCAAAACAGCUUUAUUCAAGUGAUGUGGAGUUCUCUUUCGGUGCGUUUCUGCAUUCACAUGCUCAUUUAAAGAGCAGCGGCUUUGGAUCUAAAUAUGUAUUCAGUUAAAUUACUUUACUAUAUCUGCAUUUAAUGAUUUAAUGAACUCUUUACCUCUAUAUCCACCCCUUGACAAGUGGUUAUUUAGAGCUGUCACAUUUUCUCAAGCAGAUGUGAACUGAUAACAUUUUAUGCACUGAACUAAAUGGUCUUUAAAGGGGUAGUUUAUUCAAAAAAUUACAAUUCUGUCACUAUUUACUUUCCCUUGUGUCAUUUAAAACCAUGUUUUAAUUCCAUAGUUGAUGAAAAAGGAGACAUUUAGCAAAAUAGCCACACUGCUCUUUCAUAUACAAGAUCAAAAAAUAACAUAAAAGUGGUUAGAUAUGACUUCUAUACAAUAUUCCAAUUGUUCUGUAGCCAUGUGAUAACAUUAUGUAAAUAAAAGGCUCAAAUAUAAUUGAUUAUUUGCUGAAAAUUGCCAUAUAUGUAUAUUGUAAUUUGGCUUCUCAUGAUCAUUUACUGUACACACUGACGUUUGGCGUCAUUGACAUUAAAGGGAUAGUUCAACCAAAAAUGAAAAUUCCUGACCCUCAUGUUGUUCCAAACCUGUAUGACUGACUUUAUUCUGCAAAUGUUGAAUGUUGGUAACUAAACUAUUUUGGUCAUAAUGUAAAUCAAUGGGAAGUGAAAUGGUUUGGUUAUCAGCGUUAUUCAAAAUAUAUUAUUUUGUGUUCAGCAGAAAAAAGAAAUGGAACAACAUUAGAGUUAGGCGACGUUUUUGGGUGGACUAUCCCUUUAAGAAAAAAAAUUGAAUCAUACUCAUUGGAUGGACACAACUAAAGUAUGACAGGAUGUUUACUUUUUGAUGUACUGUUUUUUUUUCAGUCUGAUCUGCUUUGGUCUGAAUGCCCACUUGCUAAUGUGAAAUAUCUCCACUGAUUUUAACUAAACCUUUUAAGUCUGUUUAGUCAAUCAAUUAAACCUAUAAGCUGCCUCGGUGCCUUGAGACACACCCACGUCAAUCAGACUUGUGACACUAGAGAUGUACAAACACACUGUCGUAUUCUACAGUAUCAUGACAUGCUCAUGAAAUAAACUGACAUUCUUCGAGAGACUUUCAUUCAUGCUCCAUUUGAGUCUAAUGAAAAAAAAUUCCAGAUUUGCUCAUAGUUUUUGCACAUGAAAUUUUUUUUGGCCAUAAUGUAGGGUUGUGCGUUUGACCAAGUAUGUACAUGUAUAUGGGUGCAAUAUGGUUUGCAAAUGUAUUGUGGUCUGUGUAUGUGUGCUUGUUGCUCAUUGUGUUUUAACCGGUGUGGACAAACUAUGUGAGACACUACUGUUUCAGGGAGGUGGACAUUAUUCAACUUAAUAAAGAUCUAACUCAUUUAAAAGUG